ACAAAUAUAUGACAAAAUGUAUCUUCUUAGUACUGCAAUAAGAACAAACUAAAUUAGCCUGGAUAGGAAAUCAUGUUAAUUUUUGUGUGUUUUAAAUCCGUCAAAAUUGCACGGCGCGCAGUUUGGGAGAAUCUUGUAAAUACUUAUAAAUUUGCUUAAAAAAAAAUUAUUUAGCACUAAGAACCAGGUUUGACCGGUAAUGCUGUAUUCAUUAUUUCAACAUCUAAAUUUUUAUCACAAUGUCACUUUUGAAAAUAAUUCGGUAAAACAGAUCAACUGAGCUUAUCUUAGUAAAGUGAUAGACAAAAUAUAGCCAUCUUAGAAUUUAGAAUAUACAUAUAAGAUACACGUCAAAAAAAUUAAAAAUUCUAAACUGUCUCUGUACGCUAGAAACAAUCGGAAAAAAACGUAUAGGUCAACGAAUAUUACGUCAUCCACCUAUCGACGAUGGACUACUUGAUUUAUUUCACAACCGCACUAAUAAUAAUCCUCAGCCUUUUCUACGCGAACGCCAAGUACAAGCUGUUUUACUGGAAUAGACGCGAGGUGAAAAGUCCACCGACGCAUCUGCUCUUCGGUAAUUUCAAGGACUGCAUCACCAUGAAGAAGCCGCCGACUGAGGUAUUGCAAUCUACAACCGACCCGGAUGAUCCCUACAUCGGCUUUUAUAUCUUUCACAAGCCCAUGCUGCUUCUACGAGAUCACGACCUGAUCAAACAGAUGAUGAUCAAGGACUUUGAUGUCUUCGCGAAUCGGCGAUUUGGUUCGGGCCUCGAGAGGGACAAGGCGGGCAUGAACAGCAUCGUAUCCAUAAAGCAGCCAAGAUGGAAAUACCUCAGGGCCAAGCUGACUCCAACCUUGACAGGACAGAAACUGAAAAACAUGGUGCCACUGAUGGUAGAAUGCGGAAAACCCAUGUUGAAUUUCAUCGAGAAAUUGCCGUCGGAUAAGGCUGGCAGAAGAGAAUGGGAAGCUAAGAAUCUCGGUGCCCGUUACUCCACCAAUGUCUUAGCUUCGCUGAUGUUCGGCAUCAGCAUAAAUUCAUUCGAUGAGAAGGAGUCUGCCUUCGUAGUAAACGGUCUAAAGGUCUUCGAAGGAUUAAAGGGCGGCAUUGUAUUCAUUAUUCUCUUCUUCUUUCCCGAAUGGGAUUUCUUAGUUGCCCCGUUUGUUAAACAACACGCGAAUUAUUUUCGCGAGAUUUUCUGGAACUCCAUGAAUAACAGAGAAAAGCUGGGGUUCAAGAGAGGAGAUAUGAUAGAUUCUAUGUUGGCACUCAAAAAUGGAGAACAAAAUCCUAUUUACAAGUUCGAGGGUGACAAUUUAUUGGCACAUCCCAGUAGUUUUUAUAUUGCCGGAUUCGAAGCUAGCGCGACUGCAAUCGCUUUUGCUCUAUACGAUCUGGCGCGUCACCCGGAACACCAAGAUACUUUAUACAACGAGAUAAAGACACACCUUUCCGGAAAAGAAUUGACCAUGGAUCUGAUCAAUGAACUUUCUUUCUUGGACAGCGUUAUAGCUGAAUCGUUAAGGCUACACCCUCCUCUACCUGUUACUGAUAGAAUAGCUACAAGGAAUUAUGAGUUACCAAACACUGGAUUAACAAUUGAGAAAGAUGUUCCAGUAUAUGUUUCUGUAAAUUCGACAAAUCAAGAUCCCAAAUACUUUUCCAAUCCUCGAGACUUUAUUCCGUUAAGAACAGAUAACAGAGAGAACAGAAAGUUUUAUGAAUCCUUAGCAUUCGGUAUUGGACCCCGAUCAUGUAUAGGUCAAAGGUUGGGUCUAUUAAUUGUAAAAGUGGCGUUAAUUACAAUUCUAUCAAACUACACUAUGUCUUAUGAAACGGAUAAGAAAUGUACUUCAAGUAAUAAUGAUGCUAUUCACGUUUUUACAUAUGCGGCUGAUGGUCUGUAUGUGAAAUUUAAAAAACGUAAUUAGGAAUUGCGUUUCUUAAUACUAGUCUUCUAAGACUUUGUCAAUAAAAAAGUGUACAUAAGUUGUCCUAGUUCACAAAUAGUGUUACUAAAUCAAUUUUCUUGUAUUACAAUGCGGAAUUAAAAUAUUACAAUACAUAUAAAUGAUAGAAAAAUAUAAACAGUUUUAGGGAUCUACGUUAUUUAACGUACAAAGCAUACUUACAUUUGAACAUAUUUAAAAUGUUCAUUUUUUUGUCAAUAAUUUUUUAU